UGUGUGUGUCUGUGUGUGAAGCAGCGCUUCCUUAAUCUCUGAUCUUCUGGAUAAAUCCUCAGGUAGGCUCGAGGUAAUCUACGGUAAUUUAACUAGCGACAGCGUCCUGGUUGUUUUACUCGCAUAACAACUUUACGGCUCUCGUUUUACCAGCCCCGGGGACUGUAGGGUUAGGGUUAGAUUGUAUGCUGAUUGACAUCUCUCCUCCUUUUGAGUAGCCAACCUGUAUUUUUCUUUCUUUUUACAUUGUGUGGUUUGGAUACUUUUGUCUGUUCUCAGCAAUGGCACACCAGUGCACAUCAUCAUGGUGAAAGGAGAGUUUUUGGCCGCGGAGGUCUGUGAUCAUUCCUUUGGACCGACGUUCCUGUCCUGCCUGGGAUAGGUAGCCUAACCUAACUUUGUUCCUGGUUUGAGGAACUUUCAUCUGACUCUAGAUUUUUCACACGGACAUUCUAUAGAAUGGAGUGGGACCUGAGACCAAGGCUUUGUUUCCUAACGAAAGGGCCGCGCGGGUACGGCUUUCACCUUCACGGCGAGCGGAAUAAAGGCGGACAGUUCAUACGGAAAGUGGAACCCGGUUCCCCCGCCGAGCUUUCGGGGCUGCGCGAGGGGGACCGGGUCGUGGAAGUGAACGGGGAAAACGUGGAAGACGAGACGCACCAUCAAGUAGUGUAUCGUAUCAGAUCAGUGGAGCAUCGCACCAGGUUGCUGGUCAUCGACAAAGAGACAGAUGAUUACCUGCGUAGUCACGGCCUGGCCUGCACCGAGGACCUCGCCGUCGAGAUGGGCAAUCUUUCUCCCCGGCCCUCCUCCUUCACCACCCCCUCAGCCUCCCCUGUAGCCCAGGAGGAAGCCCUCUCACCCUCACCCAUACACAUCCUCACUAAAGCCCUCAAACACACCUCCGCCUCACCCAGCAGGACAGAUAAACGAUCGCCAACGUUAAGCCUGAUGAUUGGCACCAAGAAAAGGUUGCCGUCGGAGACAGCGUCGUUAGAUACAGAGUUUCCCAUGGCGACAGUGGAGCUCCUCCCCCGGCUGUGUCACAUGAUGAAGGGGGAGCAGGGAUACGGGUUCAACCUGCACAGUGACAAGACGCGGCGAGGACAGUUCAUACGCAGCGUGGACCCCGGGUCCCCCGCCCAACACGCAGACCUCAGACCUGGGGACAGGCUGGUGGAGGUGAAUGGAGUGAACAUCGAGGCGUUGAGACACUCUGAGGUGGUGUCGUUUAUACGUGGCGGGGGAGACGAGACACGCCUCCUGGUGGUCGACGCGGAAACAGACGAGCUGUUCAAGAGGCUUGGGGUCACGCUCACCAGCACACAUGUCAAAGAGGUCUAUGUGGACGAGCCAAUGACAGACAGUGCCCCGCCCACCCCCUCUUCAACCACUGACCUCCCUCCAAUGGAUCCACCAAUCAUCAACGUCACCCUGAUGGGCUCACCAAUCACAAACAGCUCGCCCAAUUCACAGACCAAUGGGAGCUCAGCAUCCCAGUCCUCACGUGGCUCGACUACCCAAACAGAAUUCAGCAGCUCAGAUAUGAGCAUUCAGGUCCCUGAGGAUUAUGAGCGGCGUGUUUCGGACCCGUUCCUGGACAGCGGACUGCAUCUGAGCCCCACGGCAGCCGAGGCCAAAGAGAGGGCCCAACACUCCAAGAAGAGAGCGCCCCCUAUGAACUGGAGCAAGAAACAGGAGAUCUUCAGCAACUUCUGAGAACCACACAGAACCACACAGAACCACACAGAAACACACAGAACCUUCACAACAAUGAUCUUAAGCCCUUAACGGUUGGUAAAGGUCUGUCACAGGACGCACCAUAACAAAUGUUGGCCGUGCGCGGUAGAUCAUCUGCCCGGGGACAAUUCAAUCGUGGGAAAUUAAUAGAAAUGUUCUGUGGUGAGAGGCGAUAGGACUACCACCCGCUGCUCAUGGCUGACGUUCGUUAUGGUGUGUCAUGUGACAGACCUUCACCAGCCAACCAAGAUAAAAGGUUGCAGUGGCUCCUAAACAGAAGCCUCAGUAACGGACAGGAUUUGAAGCCUGGUGUCCCACGGAAGAAAUCAACAUCUUAACCAUUAGACGAAGAGGAAAUUCCCUAUGGGCUGAGGGCCAACACUUAUUUUGAAGUCACAAGCGGGGCUACCUCAUCACGUGACCAUGAGCAACCAAUGACCAUGUCUGCUACACCUCCAUAUGCCACUACUAUGGAUUAUUACAGUACCUUAGGAUGAGAGACACCUUCCAUUUGUAUUUAUUUAGCCAGGAUAAUUGACUCAGUAACAAUUGCCACUUGUUUCCAGGGAGACUACAGUGGCUCCUAAACAUUUCUCUGAGCUGUGACUUUACUGAAAGUUAUUUUUUUCUCCUACAGCAACUGGUAAGAAACAGUCACUGGCCCAACCGCCAUGUUCUCCCUGACCCACACACCGAACCCCACCCCACCUCUUUACCCUCCACAGAAAAACAGGGUUGAAUGUUUCCCAAAAGAUGUUGUGGUGUCCUGAUGUUCUUCCCUCAGUCAGUAAGUUCUAUUAAAACGUGAACCUUGAUAGAGGGUUGGACAUCAGGGCCCGUAUCCACAUACCGUCUAAGAGUAGGAGUGCUGAUCUAGGAUCGGGUUUGGCCUUUUAUGUCAUAAUGAACACAAUUACAUUUAUAGGGAACAAUCUGAUCCUAGAUCAGCACUCCUACUCUUAGACGGUAUGUGGAUACGGGCCCUGAUGUCCAACCCUCUUUCAAGUUUCAAGUUUUAUUCGAACUUACCGACUGAGGUACGAACGUCAGGACGCCACAACAUCCGGGCCGGCCUACAAAUGUGACAACUGUGGCCGAGUCUGCCUCUGACAGAUUGGACUUCACAGUCACAGCAGAUGCUGCGCUAAGACCUAACUCCAAGGCACAAUACAUCGCUGGUCUCACGAGACUGCGAUGCCGAUGACUAUUGUCCAGAGUUCCAGAUGGAACUCUUUACAGAUCAUAUUGAAAAAUGUUUGGUUCCACAUAGAACCUCUGGUUCCAAAUAGAACCCUUGAAAGGCUGCUAUUUGUAACCAAAAAGGGGUUUUCGUCUGACCUGAAAGGGUUCUAUCUGGAACUUUUUUUUCAGAGGGUUCUCCUACAGAGACAAAUGGUUCUACGUAGCACUUCUGAGAGUGUAGAAGAGAGCUUCUCAGAUGUAUAGAUAGGUACAUAGGAACCACAUCACAUCAUAUACACAGACAUCUGAAUGAUGGACAGACAGAGGGGAUGAAUCAAAGUCAUUGGACCAUGAGAUGAAGAGAUCCUGACACUGAGAAACAGAGACAAAGGCUUGAAUGAGUGUGAUGGGCGUCACGCGAGGAGAGACAUUUCAGGCUGGCAGGGAGGUUACGAAUCAAACUCUGUUCCAUAAAGCACAUAAAGAGAGAAAGAGAAAGCAAGAGUCCAGAAUCUCAAUGGAUUUUCAGAUGAAGAGAUACGAGUUACUGAAGGAAUGUGUAAAUGAGUCAAGAGAAACAGGAGGAGGACCAUAGGGAAUUGGGUUGAUUGAAUUCUACUGCAUAAAUGUUGCCUAAACUGUAGAGAGAGACUUGUGUCAAUAGGUAGGCCAACACAUGCCUGUAUGUUGGCCAUUAUGAUAAAAACACUAUUUAUGCCAUUAUGACUGAGUUAUAUUAUUCUAUGAUAUUAUUAGCAAUUUGUUUACAAACUGUGUUCUUCUAGUAUUUAAAUAUUUCGUUUUUAUUCCGUUAGUCUGUUACAAUUUCCGGUUAGAAGGUAAGACAUACGCACACACACACACACACAUGCACCUGACGCAUGCACACGCCCACACACACACGCCCAUACACACA